AUGGCUUUGAGAGAACUAUUAAAGACCAAGCAGUCACAGCCCGUUGCGUCACAGUCACAUUAUCACGCAUGCCACGGCGAGCUUAAGAUCGAGAUAUUCUGUGAGGCUGUCCCAAAAACGGCAGAGAACUUUCUUGCGCUGUGCGCUUCGAAUUAUUAUGACAACUGUAUAUUUCACCGCAACAUCAAAGGUUUCAUGACCCAAACGGGCGAUCCUUCUGGCUCUGGAAAAGGUGGCCAAAGCAAAUGGGGAAAACCAUUCGAAGACGAAUUGCGGUCCACGUUGAAGUUUAACAAUCGUGGUAUUGUUGCCAUGGCAAACUCCGGCCCCGACACGAGCAAGUCGCAAUUCUUCAUAACCUAUGCAAAACAGCUUCAUCUGGACAACAAAUAUACGAUCUUCGGCAAGGUCAUCGAUGGUGCGGACUCCACACUUGAUGCUAUGGAGCGCGUUCCUGUGAACAAUAAGAACAGACCGCUCUCCGAGAUCAAAUUGACACAUGUGACUAUCCACUCGAAUCCAAUUGCGGACGCUCUGUUAGUUCCACGCUGA